UAUUUUUAUUAGACUUGACUUAAACAAUUUUUCAGCUAAGAGAAAUAUAUUUUCAUUCGAAUUUUAUCAGCAGUAUUUUGAUAUUGACACUGAUCAGGUACUGUCAAGAAUGUUAAACAGCAUGGUACCAAAGUUUCGAUCUAAUUUCAUAUCGAUGUACAUUCAGCCAUUUCCAGAUUUAUGGGGACCUUUUUGGAUAGCUAUUACAUUAGUGUUUUCCACAGCCAUUUGUGGCAAUCUUGCAAAGUAUAUUGAAGCAUCUGGAGAUGUUACAAAUCAUCAAUAUGGGAGUGAUUUCAGAUUAGUCACUGGUGCUUCGGCAGCAAUUUUUUGUUACAUUGUGUUGGUGCCUUUUUUUCUCUAUACUUUAUUAUGGUAUCGGAAAUCGAAUUUGCAGUAUUCAUAUUUGGAUAUUUUGUGCUUGUAUGGAUAUAGUCUAUCAGUUUUCAUUCCUACAUCAAUUUUGUGGGUUUUCCAAGCACAGUGGUUUCGGUGGAUUCUUAUAUUUCUUUCAGUUAUACCAAGUGUAUGCGUUAUUGUAAGCAGUAUAUGGCCUGCCGUUAAAAAUGAUCACAAUAAAAUAAUUUCUUUUGGGACGAUAAUCAGUAUCAUUGUGUUGCAUUCAUUACUUGCUGUUGGCUUCAAAGAGUAUUAUUUUGAUGCAUCUUUAUCAAGCCAGCUAGAAAUUGAUGAAUUCCAUCGGUUACAUCAACAAGUUCGAAAUGUUGAGCAUAUGCGUGAUCAGUUAGAAAUAAGGACCGUGGAAAACAGUAGGAUGCAGUUCUCUGGAGACAAAACAGCUCAGGUAAAGAAUGACAAGCCAAAAGACGAUACAAAUAUCAAGAUCAACGAUCGCAUGAACAAAGCUUCAAGAGAGGCAUCUCUUUCUGGGGAAUUAGUCAUCGCUAAUAUUUCAAAACAUCGUUAA